UGCACUAGGUAUAUAAGAGCUAGGUUGUAUAUCUACUAGUAUUGAGCUUUAUUUACUCUACAAUUUGCGUUCAUAUCGAACAGUAUCGCUGCUCUGUCGUGUUAUUCUACUCUGCACACGAGGAUUGUCUCUGCCCGUCUUGAAAUUCCCUACAAUAUGGAUAUCACAUCACUCGAUUACCUGUUGCACAAUAACCCAACCAUCUGGGUGUUCGGGUAUGGCUCGCUGCUAUGGAAACCGGACUUUGAAUACUCUUCAAAGAAAAUUGGUUCCAUCAAAGGAUUUGUUCGAAGAUUUUGGCAGGGUAACUCAACGCACAGAGGAACGCCAAGCCAGCCUGGGCGUGUGGCAAACUUGGUCAAGUGCAAAGAGGGUCGUGCAUGGGGUGUCGCUUACGAAAUCAAGGGGACAGAAUCUGUGACCAAAGCGUUAACGUAUCUGAACGUUCGUGAGACCCAGCUUGGUGGCUACAGCACACUAGUGACUGAGUUCGAACCCAGAGAACAGGGGUCAGAACCAUUUAGUGUUCUUGUGUUCACAGUGACGGAGGAUAACCAAUACUACCUCGGGGAAACGGAUAUUCCUUCUAUGGCAAAGCAGAUAGUGACUGCCAGGGGGGCUGCUGGGACAAAUGUUGAAUACGUCACAAAAAUAGCGGAUUACGUCAGACAUUACGUUCCGGAAGAUAAAGAUGACCAUCUUUUUACUCUAGAUCUAACGAUACGAAAGCUUGUGCGAGAAAUGGUUGGAUCUGAUGAGAGCACUGAAUGGCAUUUCGACAUGCAUCGACAUAAUCUAUUGACAAGAGAGCCCAUCACAGAGAUCGCCCAGGCGUCCUAGGCAUUAGUCCUAGGCAAUAUUAUGUUAAUUUAUUCAUGUAUUUAGUGGAGAAAGUAUGUCGACAGGAGUAAAAUCAAUAUGGGUUGCCAACCUUGUGCAUAAAGGUGUAUAUGCAAUGUAGCAAGUAUUUAUUCUUAAAUGCAUUUGGUUGAAGGGAUUAUGUUCAAUGGGUUUUGAGAUGCAAUGUACAUGUUAUGUACAGGUUUUGAUUCAUAAGCACGUAUACCAUAUUCAUUGUAUUUAUUCCAUGGUAAUGCUUUUGUACCGUUACACAUUGGAUGCCUGGAAGUGUAUCAUCAUCAUCGUCGUCGUCGUCGUCGUCUUCAUAAAUAUUAUUAUUAUUUAUUCCUUUGUACGACAAAAAACACAUACUGAAGCCCUCCUCUAACUAUAACGAUUUUGCAACUUUGUUCCGUUUUGGAAUUUCAUCAAGUGUUUAAAUGCUCAUACGAAUAAUAAUCUGAACAUCUUGCCAGUCUGACCAAAGUGACAUCUUCCCACCGAUAAGUGAUGUCGCAUAUUGUGCCAAAGUUCAACAACGGGUCCCACGAAACCGGUGUCUUUCAAUGAUCGUUUCCAAAAAUAAUCUUCAAUGACAUAUACAAUGUACUCCAAACAAAGCUGCAUCUAUGGAUGUCAACCUGUACGUCGAUGGUCAGUCAACUACCAAUAUAAAUCAUGCUGUCGGAGCUUAUACUGCUUGCAUCUUCAUCACAGCAUCGCACUCGACAAUCUUUUUUAUGUUGAUAUGCUAUAUAAGAUUACAAUGGAUUGAUGAAGCUGUUUUACACAGUGAAACCCUUUUGAUACUGAUGUUAACGUUCCCAGUGAAAUCAUCCGGAUUACCUAAUCACGGGUACGGAGUAUUGUCCCUUUAAUUAUAUGAUUGUUCCCAUUAGUAAUGAUCUGGAUAAGGGGUUUUCCUGAUUAACGGGGUCCGGACUAUAGAGGUUUUUCUGUGUUCUAACUGUUGAGCAGCUAUUUAAUUGCGUAUAUUCGCAACCGUUGUUCUUCCUUCAUAUACUUGGCAUUUCUAUUGAUGCUAAAUAAAAACGUUUUCGACAAGA